AUGGCCUCAGAAAAUCUCACCCAGGUGACUGAGUUCAUUCUCAUGGGAGUCUCAGAUCACCCAGACCUCCAGAUUCCACUCUUCUUUGUUUUCCUGCUGAUCUAUGGACUGACCAUGGCAGGGAACCUGGGCAUCAUCACCCUCACCAGUGUUGACUCUCAGCUCCAAACGCCCAUGUACUUCUUCCUCAGGCACUUGGCUAUCAUCAAUCUUGGCGAUUCUACUGUCAUUGCCCCCAAAAUGCUGGUAAACUUCUUGGUUACAAAGAAAACCAUAUCCUACUAUGGAUGUGCAGCCCAGUUGGGUGGGUUCCUGGUUUUCAUAGUUGGGGAGAUUUUCAUGCUGGCUGCAAUGGCAUAUGAUCGUUACGUGGCUAUUUGCAACCCCCUGCUCUACAUGGUGGUGGUCUCCCCACAGAUCUGCAUACUGCUGGUGUCCCUCACUUACCUCUACAGUCUGACCACAGCACUGACUGUCUCCUCCUGUGUAUUCUCUGUGUCAUACUGCUCUUCCAAUGUAAUCAACCAUUUUUACUGUGAUACUGUUCCUUUGCUGGCGUUGUCCUGUUCUGAUACCUACCUUCCAGAAACAACAAUAUUUAUCUCUGCAGGGACCAAUUUGAUAUUCUCUAUGAUUAUUGUUCUAACAUCGUACUUCAACAUUGUCCUUGCCAUUUUGAGGAUCCGUUCCUCAGAGGGCCGACGAAAAGCCUUUUCCACCUGUGCCUCUCAUAUCAUGGCUGUCACUGUGUUCUAUGGGACAAUUCUUUUCAUGUAUUUGCAACCAAGGACCAACCACUCCUUAGAUACUGAUAAAAUGGCCUCUGUCUUCUACACCCUGGUGAUACCAAUGCUGAAUCCCCUUAUAUACAGCCUAAGGAACAAAGAUGUGAAGGAUGCAUUCAAGAGAUUCCUAAAUAACCCUUGUCAGUCUUUCAGAUUAAUGUAA